UCCAGCGGCGGAGCAGAAGUAGCGCACUAGCAUGGCGCUCGCCGCGGCCGGAGUUCCGUCGUGUCGCCCGAGUCCUCGUCGCGCCCGGUUCUUCCUCAAGUGUCUGACGGACGCAUGUUCGUAGAGUGCGUCGCACGCAUCCAAAUAUUUUAAAAAACCCCAAAACGAAAAGAAACAAAAAAACAACAACAAUAGUAAGUGUGUGUCGGCUCCUCCGGGGAAGUGGCCAGUGGGAGUCCGGGCUGCUCGCUGACUAGAAACGUCGGCAGGGAGGCAGAGAGACGAAGACAGACAGACAGACAUCGGGAGGCACGAGAGGAGGAGUCGCGUUCUGGAAGAGCGGAUGCAGAUGCCAUGGCCCCAGCCGAGGUAUGGGAGUGACGUGAAAGCGCCGCUGCUGCUGCUGCUGCUCCCGCUGCUGCUCCCGCUUCCAAACAAAACGCUCGUCUUCGCCAUGUUUUCCUGCUGAAGUCGAGGCAGAACACGCCGAGAAAAUGGACGAGUCCGUGUUGUUGGAUUUGCUCGAGUGCCCCGUUUGCCUGGAGCGGCUGGAUGCCACCGCAAAGGUUCUCCCCUGUCAGCACACCUUCUGCCGCCGAUGCCUCCAAGGCAUCCUGGGCUCGCGCGGGGAGCUGCGUUGCCCCGAGUGUCGGACGUUGGUGGAGUGUGCCGUGGAUGAGCUGCCCAGCAACAUCCUCCUCGUGCGCCUGUUGGAUGGCAUCAAGCAGAGGCCUCGGAGGGCUGCUCCGGGGGUCGGAGUGUGCACAAACGGUACAUCCGGAGCCGUGGCCAGAGCACACGGCAGAGAGCAAGGCGCCAGGGACCAGGGCACCCCGGGAGCACAGCCCCAGCGGGCACAGGCCAAGAGCAGCCUUGUCCGGGGUGUACCCCAGCUCCCUUGUGCCAAGGCGCUCUACAACUACGAUGGCAAGGAACCAGGAGACCUCAAGUUCAGCAAGGGCGACAUUAUCAUCCUGCGGCGGCAAGUGGACGAAAACUGGUACCACGGCGAGAUGGGCGGAGUCCAUGGGUUCUUCCCCACCAACUUUGUCCAGGUCAUCAAGCCGCUGCCUCAACCACCACCUCAGUGCAAAGCUCUCUAUGACUUUGAGCUAAAAGACAAGGAGGCGGACAAGGACUGUCUGCCCUUUUCCAAGGAUGACAUCCUGACCGUGAUCCGCAGAGUGGAUGAAAAUUGGGCAGAGGGAAUGCUGGGUGAUAAAAUUGGAAUUUUUCCCAUCUCAUAUGUUGAGUUCAACUCGGCAGCUCGUCAGCUUAUAGAGUUGGACAAGCCAUCGGACUCCAGCGGAGACUCUGGUGAGGGGGCCUCCUCGGGGCCCCAGAGCAACGGUGCCCAGCGGGCAGGGGAGAAGAAGAACAGCAAGAAGCGACAUUCCUUCACCUCUCUCACCAUGUCCCACAAACCCAUGCUAGCCCCACCCCCUCAGCGCCAUUCCAUGGAGAUCAGCGGGCCGGUCCUCAUCAGCUCCAGCAACCCCACGGCAGCCGCCCGCAUUGGAGAGAUCAGCGGGGGGCUUUCCUGCAGCGCACCUUCACAGGUACACAUUUGCACAACUGGACUAAUCGUGACCCCUCCCCCCAGUAGUCCUGUUACUACAGCAACUGUCUUCACAUUUCCCUCAGAGACGAGCUACACAUCAAUCCCUGUGGAUGCUCUGCCACCACCCCCACCUCCUCCCCCACAAUCCUCCGCCAGUGGAGCAGCAUACUCAUUGGCUGCAGGACAGAGACCCUCCCCAAGCAUAAGUGACCAAAGUGGGAGACAAAGACCCACAGUCUACGUGGCAAUGUUCCCCUAUACUCCUCGUAAGGAGGAUGAGCUGGAGCUGAGGAAGGGAGAGAUGUUCCUGGUGCUGGAACGCUGUCAGGACGGCUGGUUCAAGGGCACGUCCAUGCACACCGGCAAGAUUGGAGUCUUCCCUGGGAACUACAUGAGUCCAGUCAGCAGGACGGCGUCAGGCAGCAGCCAGCCCAAAGUGCCCAUGAGCCUGUGCACUCAGGCUGGCAGAGGGGUCACCAUUGUCAGCCCCUCUUCUGCUCCUCUCGGGGCUAUUGUUCCAGGACCUGACUUCAACAAACCGCUCAGUGCGUGCUCCAGCGCUGUACCUGCCAGCUCCCAGCCGGCAGCUGCGGCAACAGCAGCUCAGACGGCCACAGGCCAACAGCCAAAGGUCCCAUUGCACGUCAACUCCCAGAUGACUGUGAAUCAGGCCCGCAAUGCGGUCAGGACAGCCGCAUGUCACGGUCAGGAAAGACCCACAGCAGCAGUGACGCCUAUCCAGUCUUCGACAUCCGUGGCCUAUCUUCCACACCUCGCAGUGUGUCCACAGCCCUCCUCCAGCCCUGCACAAGGUUGUGCCCGGGCCGGGGUGGCAAUGGGCUGCGCUGCUGCCUCUCUGACCCCACCCAACGUCAGCGCCGCAUCCUUGGAGGGCGACGCCUUGAGACCUGUACCUGUCCUCACUUUGCCCGUCGGUGCCGGGAAUAGCUCUGCUUUUAAUCCCGUGUCUAACAAUACAGUGUUUGCCUGCAGACUGGACAAGGAUGUCAAGAGAGAGAAAAAAAGUCUCCUGAAGCUUUUGUCCUCCAAUAAGAAGAAGUCUCGUCCUUCACCGCCCUCCUCCCCCACCCUCGAGGCGGAACAGACUGCUGCUGGAGAGGCACUACACGGCGCCGUGGGGCAUGACACCUCCCCUCCCUCUGGCUCCGUCAGCUGCCUCGAGCCUGAACCUGCUGCUGCUGUUGCUGCUGCUGCUGCUGGCUCUUCAUCCUCCUCCUCCUCCUCAGUCCCAGAAUCCUCCCAUCGGAAGAGCAGCCCCCUCGACGGAUGUGUUCCUAUCGCUCCUCCUCCUCGCCAGCCAUGCUCCUCUCUCGUAUCUCAACAGCAUGACGCACGGCCCAUCAUAUGUGAGAGGUACAGGGUGGUGGUGUCAUAUCCUCCCCAGAGCGAGGCUGAGCUGGAACUUAAGGAGGGCGACAUUGUGUUUGUUCACAGGAAGAGGGAGGACGGCUGGUUCAAAGGCACACUGCAGAGGAACGGCAGGACCGGGCUGUUCCCCGGCAGCUUCGUCGACAGCAUUUAAUAAGCACGCCACAGUGAACCACGGUCACCACCAAUGUGACUUAGCUGACCCGCUGCAUGCCACGCUACAGUCGGUCACCAAAACAGAAAAAAACAGCACUCAGGAGGUGGCUGGGACGGGACACUUUAACUACGCAGAGCCCACUGUGGCUCUGGUCACUGAAAAAGAGCAGCAGUGGCACAUGAGAGGGAGCUUCAGAGGCGGACAGGAUAUGUUGUCAUAAAAGUACAGUGGACCGAGUUAGAGCAGAGCACACUUCUCAUGAACUUUUCCUUUUUUUGGGGGGUUAUUUAUAUCUUUGUUAACAAUUCAGCUGUUAUGUGUGCCUUGUACUGUUCCUCACUUUAUUGUACAUACGGACACAAAGAUGAUUAGUCCUAAAACAACCGAUAUGAACUGUUGAUAUAGACAUGUUACACAUUUUAACUUAUUUCAUAGAUUGGCCUUUUUGAAGUGCAGCACACAGUGAGGGGGUUAAACUGGCGCAUGCGUUAUGCCACAUUGGACCACAUCAGUUCUACUUUUCUCCACGACACUACUGAUAGAGGCUUUGCCAUGAUUUCACACGGUCAGCAGAAUGGAGACGGUGCAGUAUUCCACGCACAGCAGAGCAGUUUCAUCAUCACUUGUGCUGCAGAGUAGGAAAAAGGAUACUUCAGCAGCUCCAAAAGGCAUUACCUCACCCAGAGGAUCAUAACAGAGAGCUGUCGUAUUGCACAUUCGAUUACACAAGCUACAGUUCACAGCCAAGUGAACAUUGCACAUCGAAGAGAAGAAAAAAAAAGUUUCCCAGGGCCAAUCGCCGGCCUCCAGUUUUUCUCCUGGUGUGGCUGAAGUGCUGAGGACCGUUACCUGCAGUGCUCCAAUAUUUGCAUAUGAUUUCAGCAAAGCCCCAUGUGGCAGACGGAGGACCGUUGCAGUACUGUUUGGUCUCUGCCUUUAAUAUGCUAAAAAAACACACUCCAAAAUAGAGUUCCGGGAAAAUAUUUCUCACGUUGUACCUUCUUUAUAUGUACUGACCCGAGUAGCUGCUCUCCUAACCUCCAGACACGGCUCUCCAUCACAAGAGUUACAUAACAUUUCAGCAGCGGCGCACAACUUUUCAGUGUAUAUUUAUGUUCCUUACAAAUUCCACAGAGGCUGACACCUGCUGCUCUUAGAGAGUCUCUCUCGUUUAACCAACCUGGACACAGAGUGUGGCAACGCGGUCGCCCUUCAGCAGUCAAAGCUCAGUUUUUUUAUACACUAGAGCUCAUUCCUUAUGUGACUCGUGGCAGUAAACACACAGCUAACUUAAGAACCGAUUGCUUGGCCAAAGUAACAUAUCAUUAUAUCACUCCACAGGUGGAGAGGUGUGUAGUUUCCUUCUGUUGAAUUUCAAAGGUACCGUUUUUAUUGAAAUCAAUUACUUUGACUCCUCCUGAUUUUUUAGUUUUGUUAUUUUAUGGUUGGGUUUGGUGUAUAUUUCGUCUUUACAAAGUCUAUAAAGUUGUGUUGUAUUGACUUGAAAAACUUACUCUGUGAUUAGAGGGGAUUUUGGUCGUAGAUUUUGGUGCGUGUUAAACAAAUAAUUAAUCGGUGUCAGAAUAAAAACUUUGGAGAAUGAAAAGUUAGCUUCAACAACGAAUACGUUGCAGGGUAAUUUUCUUAUUUUCCUUUUGACCAGUGUCCUUAACGACUGACCUCAAGGGCGUCUGAGUGCGUAUUUAAAACACUUCAGAGUUGAGGCAAUUACUGAAAUCGUGCCAAAUCUGGCCAUGAGAAUGAAUUUGCUGACUGAAUUGGACCCAGAGUUUCAAGUGUGUUUUUCUUUUUGUUUUCGUCUUUUGUUGUUGAUUGAGCGGGACCACUGUGUAACUGACUGCUGGAAUAUGUUGUAGUUUGUUUGAAGUAUCAGGAGCGUUUGGAAAAAUGAUGGUACAAAUCACUGUAAGGGCCUUCUUAAUGUCUGAGUUGGUGCAUAAGUGGAAAUUACCCUGAUGUUAUAUUGUUGUCUUGGCGAUCACCACACUGAACUCGGGCUCUGCGCUCAAACUGCCCCUCUGAGUGUCUUUCCAUUUCACGGGUAAGCCUUUAAAAUACACAUUUUAAUAUGCUCGGUACACAUUUCUGCUCAUAACAUUUCUAAUCAAAAUGACUUCUCAUCUGUGUUUUUUUUUUUUUAAUGCAUAGGCUGCACAGUCUCCGACUCAAAACGUGAAGCAUUUUUUUACAACAGUUACUACGCCACAUUGUCAUUUAUUGCAACAUAAGGCAACUUUAAAAUUUUCAUUGAUUCAACCUAACAGAUUUUCCCUCAUGCCAAGGUGAAUUACUUGAUUCUUUUUUUUCUUUUCUUUUUGUCUGUAGUUAGUCUGUUUUAUGUUUGAAAAUGGUGAAACUGACAUCAACCUAUUUGGAACAGGUGUAAUAUGUGAAAAAACAUUCUGAAGUAUUUGAGGGAAUAGCACAUUUUGUAAAAAAAAAAAGAAAAAAAAUCUAUAACAAUAAAAGCUAAUGGUUUCCAUAA